AUGGCAGGGCCUCGCUCCUUGUUGGGGUCUCUGCUGUUCCUGAGCAGCGCUUUUUCCACCCGCUCCUCCUUCCAGCCGGCUCUGGUGCUGGACAUGGCUCAGAUACUCCUCGACAACUACUGCUUCCCAGAGAACCUCUUCGGCAUGCAGGAGGCGAUACAGCAAGCCAUCAACAGCGGAGAGAUCCUCCGCGUAUCGGAUCCAAGAACGCUGGCCACUCUGCUGACCACGGGGGUGCAGGGCGCGCUCAACGACCCACGGCUGACGAUCUCCUACGAGCCCAACGGCGGCAACGCGAGGCCCCCCGCCCGGUCCCGCCUCUCCCCCGAGCGCCUGAUGAAGAUGAUCAGGAAUUCCGUCAGGUUCGAAGUACUGGAGAACAAUACGGGAUAUCUGAGGAUGGACCGCGUAAUGGGGAAGGAAGGGGCAGAAAAAAUGAGCCUGUUUCUCCUGGAGAACAUCUGGAGCAGAGUCUUGCCAACCUCCGCACUGAUUUUGGACCUGCGCUACGCCACCUCUGGCGACACGUCAGGCAUCCCGUAUGUUGCGUCUUACUUUUUUGACGCCACGCAGAUGGUCCACAUCGACUCUGUGUACAAUCGACCAACCAACACAACACAGGAGCUGUGGACUCUACUAGCACUUCCCGGGAAGAGGUAUGAAAAGCCUAAAGACCUGAUCAUUUUAAUAAGCAAACGCACCUCUGGUGCCGCUGAGGGCAUUGCAUACACUCUCAAGCACCUGCACCGAGCUAUUGUGGUAGGGGAGAGGUCUGCUGGGGGUUCCAUGAACAUUGAGAAACUGAGGAUUGGGGACUCAAAGUUUUACAUCACCGUUCCAGUCGCCAGAUCCAUUAAUCCUGUAACGGGACAGAGUUGGGAGAUGAGUGGAGUGUCACCCAGCGUGGUCAUCAAUGCUAAAGAAGCUGUCGACAAAGCCAAAUCCAUCCUCAGAGUUAGAAGAGCUAUCCCUGCAGUGGUUCAGAACAUCUCCAACACAAUUAAACACUUCUACUCCUUCACGGACAAAGUCCCGUCUCUUCUUCACCACUUAGCGUCAACCGAUUUCUUUUCCACAAUCUCAGAAGAGGACCUGGUGGCCAAAUUGAACUACGAGCUGCAGUACGUGACUGAAGACCCACGACUGAGCGUGAAAAUGGCGAUGGACAUCUCUGCCACUGUCGAGGACUCCGUCGAGCUGACCGACAAGCUGGAUGCUCCCGCUUCCCGCGAAGGCGCCGUGGACCGGAUUUUCAAAGUGAACAUUCUGCCGGGAAACACAGGCUAUAUCCAGUUCGAUGGGUUUGCCGAAGUGCCCCGGUUGGCAUUAUCACAGCCCCAGGUUAUCAGGAAGGUACUGGACUCCAUCGGAGACACAGAAAACCUCAUCAUUGACCUCCGUUCCAAUAUAGGGGGGCCUUCGGAUGCAGUGCCCCUUCUGCUUUCCUAUUUUCAUGACGCGUCUCCUCCGACUCACUUCUACACGAUUUACAGCCGGGUGGGAAACAACACGACUGAAUUUCGCACGCUGCCCAGCACCCGCUUGGGCACACCCUACGGGUCGAAGAAGGGGAUCUACAUCCUGACGAGCCACUACACCGCCACUUCCGCCGAGGAAUUCUCCUACCUCAUGCAGUCGCUUCACCGAGCCACUGUCAUCGGAGAGAUCACAUCCGGCACUCUCUUGCACUCCAAACCUUUUCCAGUAGAGGGCACAGACAUAGUCGUUACCAUCCCAGUCGUAAACCUCAUAGACAAUAACGGGGAAUGCUGGCUUGGAGGGGGUGUCGUCCCGGAUGCUAUUGUGUUAGCAGAAGAAGCGUUGGACAGGGCACUUGAAAUCAUCGCGUUCCACCCUGAAGUCCACUCCCUGGUGGACGGCACCGGGGAGCUGGUGGAGGGACAUUACGCUCUCACAGAAGUGGCCACAAAGAUCAGAGAAGUCCUCAGGUCAAAAUGGGCAGAGGGCCUGUAUCGGUCAGUCGUGGACUACGAGUCCCUCGCUUCUGAGCUGACCACUAAUCUUCACGACAUAUCAGGAGAUCACCGCCUGCACGUCUUCUACAGCGACACUGAGCCAGACACGUUUGAUGAGGUACCCGACAUUCCAACUGCAGAGGAACUCGGGUACAUCAUCAACGACCUCUUCAAGACGGAGAUCCUUCCCGGCAACGUUGGCUACCUGAGAUAUGACAUGAUGGCGGAUGUGGAGACGGUGAGAGCUCUCGGCCCUCAGCUGGUUAAGCUCGUCUGGAACAAGCUGGUCAACACCGACACACUGAUCAUCGACAUGCGGUACAACACAGUGGGCUACUCCACCGCCAUUCCCCUCCUCAGCUCUUACUUCUUCGAAGCGGACACGGUACGGCAUCUCUACAGUCUGUUCGACCGCACCACGGCAGCCACGACCAAAGUCACGACGCUUCCUCGGACGCUGGGGCGGAGGUACGGGCCUCACAAGGACGUCUACAUUCUGACCAGUCACAUGACCGGAUCGGCGGCAGAGGUGUUCACGAGAGCGAUGAAAGACCUGGGCCGGGCCACGGUCGUCGGGGAAGCGACCAUCGGAGGCUCGCUGUCAAGCGGGACGUAUCAGAUCAGGGACAGCCCGUUGUACGUCUCCGUUCCCACGCACGCGGUCCUGAGCGCGGUGACCGGAAAAGUCUGGAACGUUACCGGAGUCGAGCCGCACGUCACUGCCCCGGCGAACGACGCGCUGAUCGCUGCUGAAAAAAUCAUCCGCCUUCGAGCCAAAAUGUCCUCCAUCGUCCAAACGGCGGGCCGUCUGGUGGCUGAUAACUAUGCUUUCUCGCUGAUUGGAGCGGAAGUGGCAGAGAAACUUACUGACCGCGCUAAGAAGGGCCGGUAUAAAGCAAUCAAUUCUGAGGCAGAACUCAGCACAAAGCUCUCGGCUGAUUUGGCAGAGCUAUCGGGAGACAAAAAUCUCAAGAUGACCUAUAUUCCAGAGACCUCCAAAGCCAUUUUUGGGCCAAAACAUAAGCAGACGCAGUCCCCAGAGACGCUGGCCGAGCUCAUUACGCUUUCCUUCCACACAGACGUGCUGGAGAACAACAUCGGCUACCUUCGAUUCGACACGUUCUGGGAUUUCGAAGUGACUGCCAAAAUAGCGGAGCUGCUGGCGAAGCAUGUCUGGGUCAAAAUUUUGAAUACCGACGCUCUUAUUCUCGACCUCAGGUACAAUCUGGGUGGAUCCCUGAACUCUGUUCCGGGCCUGAGCACCUUUUUCCUCGGUGUGAAUGAAAAGAUUCUGCUGGACAAACUGUAUAACCGGUCCUCCGACAGCACGUUCGAGAUGUGGGCUCUACCCGGCCUCACAGCAGAGCCGUACGCCCUGGGGAAGCGUGUGGUCGUUCUGACCAGCGGGGCGACGGCCGGGCCCGCCGAGGAGUUCGUGGACGUGCUGAAGCGCCUCGGCAGGGCCACCGUCGUGGGCCAGAAGACCAGCGGCGGCACGCGGUACUCCGGAAACUUCCGCGUGGACGGGACCGACCUGUACCUGAGCGUCCCCGCGGUGCGGUCGGCGGACGGCGCGCGGGGAGGAGCCCCCUCCUGGGAGGGGGUGGGCGUCAACCCCCACGUCGCCGUGCCCCCGGACGCCGCCCUGGCCAAAGCCAAGGAGAUUUUAAACGAGCGCCGCGCGGAGGUGGAGUGA